UGGUGAUUCACUGCUACUAGACUCGUAAUGGUGUUGAUCCAUAUUUGUAUAUGUAUAUAUUCAAUAUCACCAAAGAACCGAAACCGUACUGAAAUAAUAAACGAGUUCAAGUGAGACAGUUGGUUAACAUAAACUUGACUCAAAAAUAUUGCUUCCUCACACUUUUGUUGCGUGAGCAACUAUUCAAAUCAUUUGUAUAUCCAAGGCCACUGGAACUUUAAGAGCAAAUAGUAUUUGAACUUAACCGUGGUAUGUCAGGUCUUGAUAUCCCAGCGGAUUUGUUUAAAAAGUUGGUUAGUGUUCUAACCACUUGGCUAAAGACAUUAGAUGAAUUUACUAAGAAAGAAGAGGAGUUCGUUAAUACUUCACGAAAUUUACGAAAUCCUAGUGUCGAUCCCAAAUACUGGGCUACAACAAGUGAAUUAGCGUACUCAGUGGGGAAUAUAUGCGAAUGUUAUAAAAACACAAACCAACAAUCACUCCUGGAACCUUUGAAAAAAAUUUGUGGCAUACUACCCUCUAUAAACGACAUUUUUGUUGAGAGGGAAGAAAUUCUAAAAGAAAUCAACCGGAAAUGUCGAAAAAUUCGGAAACCAGAACUCCCAGAGAAUGGAAAUGAAAUUUCAGGAAGGAAUAAAAAGAUUUCACAAUCAGUUGAUUCGUUAAAAAGUCGUUUACACGCUAUUGAAUACAUAAUAAACGUCAAUUUGGUAGAUCUCACUUCAACGUUAGAAGUGUUUUUAUCGUCAUCCUUCCAUGUAAGUAUCUAAUUCAUUUUUCUCAUCCCUUUCACCAGCACUGAUAAUUUAUUUCAAAGAAAGAAUAUUGUUAGAACGUUAUGUUUAGUGAAACAAUGACUAAAUGCAUUUUUAUGUACCGGCCACGUAUUUUAUCUGAAGCCAAACAAAUAGUACACAGUUAUUUAGACCAAAUGAAGUAAGUCAGGGUUCAGACCUCCGGCCAACAUAUAUUUAAUAUAUUAAAUUUUAAAAGGUGAACAGAAGUCGCUUAUGUUUGUUGGCUAUCAGUAAAACGUUGUCUUUCUGUAUGUUUAGAUUUAAUUUUAGAACGUUCUGUAAAUGAAUUAUGUAUGACUAGCAAAAUAUUGCGAAAUUAUUGAUUUCUUAGAUGAGAACACUCCGUUUUUAUGACAGUGAAGGGUUUCAUCGAAUAAUCAAAAAUAUUUAGUUGCUCACCUCAUAAUGAUAAUUCACUGUGUUGAGUGUUAAUAGAGGAACUGAAGGUAGUUUAAGGAGGGAAAUAACCGAUUAUUAUAGUUUGGCAGAUAAAAAUAUGAUUGCAUUGGUGGAGUAGAUGAUGUCAUGAAGAAAAAAUUUAUUUGCUGAACCGUCUUAAAUAGUUCUAUGUAAAUUUUGCUACUGUUUAGAUUCAAAAGAAUCGUAAAAUUAGAACCUCCGUUAUUCCUGGUGAACCAAUACAUCCAAUGUAUUCUGCACAUCGAGUUUACUGACAAGAAUAGAAAUCGAUGGGUUGUAUCUGAAUAUCAUGCUCAUCUCGAUUGCACUUACGAAUUUUUCCAAAAAGCAUCGAUAGUCAAUCAACAAAUGUCAGAUUUAUUGAAUACUGGUGAAAGUGAACUCAGUCUGUUAGAUAAAAAAAUGGACGAGGAUAUGAACUCCAUAUACAAGCUUUUACAUCUGAAAUCUGAAAAAUAAUUAAUUCUUGAUUUGUUGACAUGUUGGUUCAUCUUCAUCUUGUUCACUUCUAUUUUCCUCAGAAUUUUAUUGGUAUGGUGCAAUCUAAUUUGGUUUUUUUUUAUUAAAUACAAUUAUUUUUAAAGAGGUAGAUUGAUUUCUGCUUCCUAACUUACCUCACUAAUGUUCUAA